AUGAGGGCCUCGAUCCUCGCCGCGCUCCUGGCCGCGUGCCUUGCUCACGUCGCCAUUUCCGUCUCCGCGGCGCCCCGGCGCUCGCUCGCCGUCGUCGACCCCUUCUCCUCCGACCCGCUCCAGGACCCGGGCAUGUGCUGGGAGUCGAUCCGGGCGCUGUGCUCGUGCAAGCACAACCUGCUCGAGUCCUUCCUCACCGGGCGCCCCGUGCCGCUCCACUGCUGCGAGGCGGCCGGCGAAAUCGACAUCUUCUGCGACCUCUUCACCAGCGGCCUCGUCGGCGCGCUCAUCCCGCGCGGACUAAGGAAGCAGUGCGACGCGACCCUCCGCGACCACAUCGGCGGUGGCGGUGCACGCGCACCGCCUGCGCCAGAGGAGUCCACGACCACGAGCGUGCGCUUCCCUCCACCACGCGCAUCCACGGUUUCCGGUGGUGGUAGUGCACGCGCACCGCCAGAGGAGUCCACGAGCGUGCGCUUCUCUCCACCGCCUGCAUCCACGGUUUCCGGUGGUGGUAGUGCACGCGCAUCGCCUGCGCCAAAGGAGUCCACGAGCGUGCGCUUCCCUCCACCGCGCUCAUCAACAGUUUCCGGUGGUGGCGCACGCUCGCCACCAGCGCCGGAGGCGUACACGAGCGUCGGGUUCCCUCCACCCCGUACAGCCAGGGUGUCCGGUGGUGAUACACGCACGCCGUCGUCGCCAGACGCCUACGCGAGCGUGAGCUCUCCUCCACCGCGCACAACCAGAGUUUCCGGUGGUGGCGCACGCGCGCCGCCAACGCCAGAGGCGCACAUCACUGUCAGCAGCUCCCCUUCACCACGCGCAGCCAGAGUUUCUGGUGGUGGUGCACGCGCGCCGACAACACCAGAGGCGCGCACCAGUGUCAGCUCCCCUCCACCGCGCGCACAUAGAGUUUCCGGUGGUGGUGCACUCGCGCCGGCGCGCAGCAGUGCCAGCGUCUCUCCACCGAGCGCAACCAGAGCUUCCGGUGGCGGUGCACGCCUGUCGCCAACGCCAAAGGUGAACACGACUGCCAGCUUCCCUCCACCGCCCGCAACCAGAGUUUCCGGUGGUGGUGCACGCGGGCCGGCAACGCCAGAGGCGCACGCCAGUGUCAGCUCACCUCCACCGCGCGCAAAUAGAGCGUCGAGCGGCAGGACUACUCCACCGCCACCGGACGUGAUCACGGGGUUUUACUUUCCACCGCCAAUCCCAGGGACAGAAUACCAUGGAGCACACGCUGCGUCCCCGGGGGCGUCCACGGGUGGGUGCAGUCCCCCGCUCCCCCCUGCACCGAAGGUUUCUACCAGUACCGGGAGUACCCACGCGCCCGUGGUUGCUGGCACCCAUGAUCCUGUGGUGCAUGGAGUCCCGGCCGCGCCUGGGCAUGGAGGUGCCGGCGCGGGUGGCACCGGAGCGCCUGCAUCGAAGGGUGCCACAGCGCCACCCGGAGAUGCGCGGCCGGCGAGCCCGAGCUCGGACAGUUUGGGCUAUGGCACGCCACCCUAG